GAGGAUGGAAGAGGACGCUUCUGAUUGGCUCGUCACAUUGACACGUGAGGCGGCGGCAUCUUUCAUAUGGCUGCAGUCAACAUCUGGAAGGGUUUACUCGCGCUGUUACUCAGUCUGAAGAGUUUACCCGAGUAUAACUGCAAUUUUACCAUGUCUUUCAUAAAAGUGGACGAGAACUCUGACUUUUCUUAUCAUAACCUGCCUUACGGAGUUUUUUCCACAUCGGAUAAUCCCAGGCACAGAAUCGGCGUUGCGAUUGGAGACCAAAUCCUGGACCUCAGUGUCAUAAAGCAUCUUUUCAAUGGACCAGCUCUUGAGACCCACCAAGAUGUUUUUGAUCAGCCAACGCUUAAUGCUUUCAUGGCAUUGGGUUAUGACGCUUGGAGAGAAGCAAGAAAGUUUCUCCAGAUGCUUCUGGCUGCAAAUGAGUCCACGCUGCGUGAUGACGUCAGUUUAAGGAGCAGGGCAUUUGUUCAUCUAAGUUCAGCUGUGAUGCAUCUCCCAGCUGAGAUCGGGGACUACACAGACUUUUACUCAUCCAGAGAUCAUGCCACCAACGUUGGAAUAAUGUUCCGUGGAAAAGAGAAUGCCUUGAUGCCCAACUGGCUAAGGCUACCGGUGGGGUAUCAUGGGAGAGCUUCCUCUGUGGUUGUGUCUGGAACACCAAUCAGAAGACCCCAAGGACAAAUGAGACCAGACCCAGCUCAACCACCUGUUUUUGGGGCAAGCAAACAGCUGGACAUAGAACUGGAGAUGGCAUUCUUUGUGGGGAAAGGCAACAAGUUGGGUGAGCCCAUCCCAGUGGAGAAGACCCAUGAGCACAUUUUCGGCAUGGUUUUAAUGAACGACUGGAGUGCUCGGGAUAUCCAGGCUUGGGAAUAUGUUCCAUUAGGUCCAUUUCUGGGCAAAAAUUUUGGCACCACCAUCUCACCCUGGGUCGUUCCAAUGGAAGCGCUGAUGCCUUUUGUUGAGUCCAAUACAGUCCAGGACCCUGUUCCUCUACCAUACUUAAGUCACGAUGACCCCUAUACGUUCAAUAUCAACCUGUUCGUGGCGUUGAAAGGUGAGGGAAUGCCACGUGCAGCCACCAUUUGUAAGUCAAAUUUUAAGUACAUGUACUGGACCAUGAAACAGCAGCUGGCACAUCACACAGUCAAUGGUUGUAACGUCAGACCAGGUGACCUGCUGGCAUCAGGCACCAUCAGUGGACCGGAUCCUGAAAGUUUUGGCUCCAUGCUGGAGCUCUCGUGGAGAGGAUCUAAGACUAUUGACCUCGGCAAUGGAGAAACAAGGACCUUCUUGAAGGAUGGGGAUGAGGUUACACUCACAGGUUAUUGUGAGGGCAGGGGUUACAGAGUGGGCUUUGGUCAGUGUGAAGGGAAGAUCAUUCCUGCCCUGCAACAGUGACCAGACAAAAGGCAUGUCAUCUACAGCUACAAACAAAUUCAACAUCGUUCCUACACAAAAAUUGAAUGUUAAUACACACAAAAUCCAAACUUUAUAAUUGAAACAUGCAGUUGUUGCCUCCGUAUGCUUGGAAACAGUAGUAAUUCUACUUUUGGAUAGGGAUGCACCGAUAUAUCUGCAAAAAAAAAUUCCCCACUAUCGGACAUUGGCCGAUUAAUUAGAAAGAGACAAUGAUCAGUGCAGGCUAUAUCCUGUCAAUCAAAAACACAUCUGAAUUCAAGCUGUGUGAUUAUUUUGAAUAACCGUAAGACUUUCCAUGAUUUCUGUACAUCAUAAUUUGAAUUAGCAGAUGUCAUUAUUAGUAAAAGAAUAUCGGUAUCGCCACAGAAAUUUUGUAUUGGUGGUGCAUCCCUACUUUUGGACAAUUUACAUACUUUAUUUUAAGGUUGCUGAGACAGUUUUUUACUGUAUCUUGUUACUGAAUUUUUACAAUAAAGUUACCAUUUACCUGUA